AUAUCGUUUUACUACCAGACGAAAUUCAAAAAAAAAAAAUGGGAAAGCCUAAGAGACAACUAUUUACGAUACAAAAAAGAAAUAAAAAGUACAACAGGACAAGCCUCUAAUAAGUAUCAAAAUUGGCCGUGGGCAAGUCAGUUACAAUUUUUAGACAAAACUUUAGCUCCAAGACAAACGACAUCCAAUAUUACAACUGACAUUCCAUUAGAGAUACAGACACAAGAAUUAACAUCUCCUUCACAGAUAACUUCUCCACAGGCAUCAACAUCAUUUUUAGACGUCGAAGAAUCGGAUGAUCCAGAAUUACACACGCGUACUGAUUCUACAUUACCAGCACCAAAGAAAAUCAAAACAAAUAGUAAAGAACCUAAUGAUCAGCAUGUUGGUGUAAACAAAGUCAUUAGUUAUCUGGAGAAUAAAAAGAAACCUACACAUGAUAGUGUCAACCACUUAUUUCUUAGUUAUGCAGGAACCUUCAAAAAGUUUUCAGAGAGAAAUCAAAUACAGAUUAAACUAGAACUUGCUAAAUUAUUCGGUGACAUGGAAUUAAAAGAACUAGAUGAACGCGGCCCUUCAAGUUCACUCUCCAUGCGUUCUUCAAUCAGCAAUUAUUCAACCGACUGUGAUUUUCUUCAACCAAAAUCAAAUGCAUUUAAAAACGUAAUGUCAUCAUCAGAAAACUAUUCUAAAGGGUAUACAUAUUGACAUUUUUCUGUUCGUGUUAAUCGAUAAAACGAUAAUAUAGUCCUUAAAAUUUGUUCGAGUUUCGUGUUAACCGAAAUAAUUCGUAUAAACCGAGGAGAUAAAAAAAACCCUAUACAUAUUAUAGUAUACUUUCUCGGGACCGAAAAACUGGUUCGCGUUAUCAAAUAAUUUG